GUUAUAAAAACACCUACGCUGUUGCUCCUUCGCCACCUUCCACGCACUCAAUCAGGCGACUGCCCCCUCGACCGUCCUCUGCGGCUUUUGAAGCAGUGGGUCAAACAACGACGCUAACACUGGAGCUGUAAAAUUAACAACGGGGUCUCCCGUUUAAAGCGCCGCAGCAAGCUGACCAGCCAGCGCAGUGUGAUCACUUGCGACUCUCUCUGAAACGACUUUCUGUUUCGGAGAAGUGCAAAUUGAUAUACCAAAAAAAACCACUGCCGCCGCCGCAUAUCCACCAAAACAUAUCCAAAAUCGAAGUAAAAAUGGUGCAAAACAAGAUCACCGAAGUCACUGGAUUCCAUCGCUCUUUCAAGGGCCAAAAUCCCUUUGACUCUGACGACUUCACAAAAAAUGGAUCCCAUCUUAUUGAUUCGUCAUUUAAUUUUGAUUCCUCCCCAAGACAUGACAUACCUUCCAGCCAGCCUAUCGACAUCCCCGAUGCCAAGAAGAGAAACAAGAAGAAAAAGCGUUGCCGGGCAACUGACAGUUUCUCUGGAAGAUUCGAGGAUGUCUACAGACUGCAGGAAGAGGUACUAGGAGAGGGCGCUUAUGCCAGAGUGCAAACAUGCAUCAACCUCAUCACCAACAAAGAGUAUGCUGUCAAGAUCAUUGAGAAAAGACCAGGUCACAGCCGCAGCCGUGUCUUCCGUGAGGUUGAAAUGCUCUAUCAGUGCCAGGGCCACAGUAACAUCCUGGAGCUGGUGGAGUUCUUUGAAGAGGAAGACAAGUUCUACCUGGUGUUUGAAAAGCUCAGAGGAGGGUCAAUCUUGGCACACAUUCACAAGAGACGGCACUUCAGUGAGCAGGAAGCCAGUGUUGUCGUGCAGGACAUUGCCAGCGCUCUAGAUUUCCUGCAUAACAAGGGAAUGGCACAUAGAGACCUGAAACCUGAAAACAUUCUCUGUAAGAGCGCAGACAAGAUUUCCCCAGUCAAGAUCUGUGACUUUGACUUGGGCAGUGGGAUCAAGCUGAAUAGCGACAGCUCACCCAUCUCCACCCCUGAGCUCCUGACUCCUUGUGGCUCAGCAGAGUACAUGGCCCCUGAGGUGGUUGAGGCUUUCAGUGAAGAGGCCACAAUUUACGACAAGCGAUGUGACCUGUGGAGCCUUGGAGUCAUCCUCUACAUCAUGCUGAGCGGCUACCCACCCUUCGUUGGCCGCUGUGGAGGUGACUGUGGCUGGGAAUUGGGGGAACCCUGCCACACCUGCCAGAACACUUUGUUUGAGAGUAUCCAGGAAGGAAAAUACGAGUUUCCAGAGAAAGACUGGGCUCACAUCUCCUCAAGUGCCAAAGACCUAAUAUCCAAACUUCUGGUUCGGGAUGCCAAAAACCGCCUGAGUGCCAGCCAGGUGCUGCAGCACCCCUGGGUGCAGGGGGGUGUAUAUGACACUUUGCCAACAUCCAUCCUGCAUCAAAGAACCAGCAAUGCCAGGGAUCUGACAUUCUUUGCUGACAAGGCCAUGGCUGUGAACCGGCAGCUGGCUGAACAGGAUGGCAUGGAAGACCAACAGCAGCAGGAAGUCCCGUUUGUUGUUACCGCUACUGGCUCUUCCAUGCGCCUCUCUCCUCCUUCCAACUCCAAGCUGGCCAGACGCAGGCAGCGAAACAGCCAGCCCAAGGGAGGGCCCGUCUCCGCUGCAGAGCUUCGUCAGCUCUUGGCCCCUCUCGUUAUUGUUGGAGACUGUGCCUGAACUGUCAAUCCUGACCUCCGACCUUCCGUUAAGAUUCAAGUCCAGAUCUAAGACUACCCUAAGACUCUCUUUCUCCCCAAUUCUGGCCCCUCUCUCCGACUCUAGCCGGCCUUGGUUCCUCUGCCAUUCAGGCUUUUUUGCCUCGCUGUAAAGGGAGAUGCUGCUUGCAGCCCUUCCUCUAAAUGCCUUCUGCCCUUCCGCAGCACUUCUGAAGCACAUCAGCCCAGGGCCUGCAUAUAGCACACACACACACACACACACACACACACACACACACACACACACACACACACACACACACACGUGCAUGUCAAAGUCGGAGAGGAGGGCCAGUUAAUUGUUUGAGAAAGAAAGAAGUAUUUUCUAAGUUAUGUUCUUUGUUUUUCUCUUCAUAAAACUCAGUUCAGAAGAAAGCAGAACACUUAUCUUCGAAACUAAGCUCAGACACCAAAGGACAACCUGUUGUGCUGCUCCCACGUUACAACUGGAUCCACUGUGAAUUAAGUUAUCUGGAAUGUUCUCUUUGCCUGUAUGUAUAUGCAUGAAUGGCCCAUCUGCAGAUACGUACAAGCUUAUGCAAUAUGCCAAGAUGAAGGCUGUUCCUGUCUUGAAGGGAUUCAGUAUAAGGGGUUGGAAGGGCUGUAAGCCAAUGCUGUCCGUGCCUGGUGCAGUCCAUUAAUAUGGCUGGGGACUUCAAAGAUUUUUUUUUUUGUCUCCAUUUAAGAUAAAUUCCUCAAUGCUGAGCCUCCUCUGUAAAUGUCUGAGAUAAAACGCACUCUUCUAGCUUGGUGGCAGUGCACUUAACGCUCCCAGAGCAAAGAAUGUUUGUAUUGUACCCAGCCAGCCAUGACUUACUGUUGCACCAAUUCAUAGUUUAUUGCAUAAACAUAUAUGCCAAAUUAUCAGUGGCCCACAACACCCAGUUUGAGACCAUCAGGCAAGUCUAAUAGUAUUAAACAAAACUAUUUUACUUGGUUUAUGAAACAUGGCCAAACCAAAAUUGGUAAUUGUGUUAAAUGGCUAGGCAAGUGAAAUUGGGUCAUUAUAAAGAUUUCAUCACAUGUCCCCUUGCCACGACCAGAACUUGUGUUUUUUUUUUGUUUUGUUUUUUGUAAUUUUUGUUUCUACAAGUUAAUUAAUGCAUUAGAUUUAACCUUGAAUAUUUUGGCAGUAAAGGUUAGAACUCCUUUCAGGGGUUUGAAAAGCACAUUUUGGCCAAUGUGACCUGAGUCAGUGACCUGUGUCAUUUGUCGAUUGAAUAUGUUUAUUUUACCUUUUUAUCCCAAAGGUUAACUUUUUUUCUUAUUAUUUUUGAGACACCCCUUUCAAAAAAAUACUUAAAGAGAUUUUUCAAAAAAGAAACAUAAAAAAAGGAAAAACAUUCCACAAAAAGAAAAAAACACAAAAAAAGUCUUCCACGACCGUGUAGCUGUAUUAAGUUUACUUUAUUUUUUCAUGUUUGAAAACUCCAUGUCAUUGUGCCACACUGAUUUUUUUUUUUUUUUUUUUUGUAUGGCUGUUAAUAAUAAGCUUUUAUUUUCUAUAUGGUGAUUUCCAUGCAGGUGCUGUUCAGUUCAGGUGAAACACCGGAUGUUUUCCUUGUUUUGUGUUAUUUUUAAAAGUUCAGAGUAUGUGGAGUAUGAGGUGAGAUGGAAACAGUUGGUUUAGUUGAUCUGGAGCGUUCAUGCCCAGUGAAGGCGAGUUUUUAAGUUUUAUUUUUUUAUGUAUAGUUGAGUUGGCAAUAUAUUUUUUCUUUCAUUCAGAUUAAGUUAAAGCUCAUUCUGAAAAUGACAGGUAAUGGACUGGUGAUGAGGUUUCACAAACACUGUAGCCAUUUCACCAAAGAGGGUUCAAGUCAUGACAUUGAACAUGUGAUCAUCACCUACCAGUGGGGACUUCUGAUUGUCCAUGUCCUGUUGCCAGCACUGCAGCGACGGUACUCUGGAAAUGGCUCUCUUGGUGUCAUUAUGCUGAUAAUAGGACACUGUAAUAGUUCUAAAAUACCUUUCUACAGAUGCAUCGUUAUGGGGUUUUAUGUCUUAUAAUAAGACUUACUUGAAUUUGUGUAUGCAGCUGUUUCUUCUCCAUUUGGGAAACUACUUUGCUAUCGGUAAUCUAAAAGCAUUAAGCUGAUGAUCAAGGCAAUCUUGGGGUUUUGAAAAUACCUAUACAGUUCAGUAUUCUGCCUUUUUCUCCCUUUUGAGCAUCAGAUGAGUUAGGUCCCUAUUUUUUUUUCGAUAGGGUUGGAUACUCGGAAAACGCACAGAUUUUGACCAUACUCUGUAAUAUCCUGAAUGGAAUAACAAGAGUUUUCUUGGUCAUGACCAUUUCUACUUUUGUCGAAUGGCAGUAGCUUUUUUUGGACUGCCUUUUAUUGGGAGGGGAUAACGGGACAAAAUGAUAUCCUUAAGCAAUUUUUCUAUUGUAAGUCAUUUUGACGCAAGGAAGUGUUAAAAUCCUGACAGUCAUUCAUUCAAAUGGACAGUCCAUCAUCAUCCUCCCCACAAUUUGAAUGUAGCCCACAGGCAAAAGCAUUUACAAUCCAGCAACAUUGAUCAAAUGUUUUACUAAUUCAUCUCAUGGACAUGGUGUGGGGUUAUUCUAUCGACGUUGAUUCAGUCCUCAUUCAUUGUUGUUGAGUUGACACCUGAUUUUAACACUGUCUGAAUCCCCCCCCGAACACAUCGUGUUCAUGAAAGGAAAUUUGAAACAAAUGCAUCCUUUUUCAAUACAAAAAAUAUUUUUGAUUUAAAAUAAGCACUUUACUGUACCAUGUGAAUGAUUGCAGUUCACUCAAGGCAACAUUUAUGACAGUUGCUACAGAAUUUUGUAUUGUUUUUCUAAAAAAAAAAAAAAUGCAAUAAAAUGCUUUGAACUA